CAUAUUUUUGUUUAUAUCGACUUCAAACAUAUUGAAAUGUGAAAGUUCCUACUUGAAGCACAUUUAGGGGAAAUAGGUGAACAUAUCACAAGACACAAUAUUCGUUUCAAACCUUCCUGUUGCAUGUGAGAGGCGGCAAAAGCUGAAUAUCAAACGAACCUCGAACAUCAAACGGACUUUACCGCAGUAUUAUACAUUACUUCCUAGAGGUUUAUGUUUCGCUUUCUGUGACGCACACCUGAAUUCAUCCACCACAUACAAUAUGACUAAAGAGUGUUCUGGGUGCUUUGGUCCCCAUUUUUAUUUCCUCUUCUAUUGUGUUGAAGUUUUAAAGAAUACCUGAUGAAGUUAAUGGACUUCUGUUCUGUGCUGAAGAAACUCUGCUUCAUCCUCAUGAUUAUUUGUCCUCAUGCAUUGGCAGUCACACACUCUGUACAGUACCUCUACACUGUAAUCACACCAGAAAUACAUUUUACUGCUGUUGGUCUGCUAGAUGCAGAGCAGUUUGUUUACUAUGACACAAACACCACAAAGAUGAUCCCAAAGACAGAGUGGAUGCGGAAGAUUGAUGCUGAUUAUCCAGAUUACUUCAACAACCAGACACAGCGUAUGCAGAGUGAUCAGGAGAAUCUCAAACAGCUCUUAGAUACAGUAAUGAAAAGCUUUAAUCACACUGGAGGAGUUCAUACACUACAAAGGAAAUACGGCUGCGAGCUUAAUGACAACAACAAUGAUGAUGAUGAUAAUGGCACUGUGAGAGGAUAUGACCAGCUUUGUUAUAAUGGAGAAGAUUUGAUCAAACUGGAUCUAAAAAGAGGAAGCUGGAUUGCAGCUAAUGAUAAAGAUCUUACCAUUAAAGAGAAGUGGGAGUCUGCAGGAGCCGAGGCUAACAUCCAAAAGAGCUACCUGGAGAAAGAGUGUAUUGAGUGGAUAAAGAGGUUUGUGUAUUACAGCGAAGAGAUUGUGGAGAGGAAAGAUGGAGGAUUAAGUGGAUGGCAGAUUGCACUCAUCACUGUUGCACUCAUGGCUCUUGUUAUUCUCGUUGCCGGACUUUUCUUCUGUAACAAAUCCAAAUCUGGUCACAGAGACUAUGUUGCAAGGGCGGAUAUUUUAGAGUUAUAAAAUCAACUAAACUGCAAACUAAGAGCAAAUGAUAAAAAGACUAACACACCCACCUGCUGUUCAUGGAGAGGGAAACAAAGAAUAAGGAUCAGAAAGCUUGAGACAAAGUAUUCUUUCUCCACCAUGAACUGAAAACACUUAAUCUAUCUACAGUAUAUAAAUAAAAGAAGGGUUUUGUCUGAACAUUGGUUCAGAACUCAGAGUGGUUGGAACUCACUCUUUCAAUAAUAUCUUUACAUUUCCUACAUUGGACCCAAAACCAGUCUCAAACAACUGCAUGUCUGUCUGUACAGUAUAUCCAUACAUCUGUAUGUCACGCGACACACCAUGACUUACUCCAAAAAAGAUAUGUAACCUUUGAAUACUGAAUCUUCAAAGAUGUAUCAACAGAUCAAUGUAUGUAUGUUUAUUCUUCCUGUGGGACAUUUACAACCGGUCUGUCUCAUAUGUUCCUAAGCCGUGGUGCUAAUUAAUGCAGUAAUGUAUAGCGCCACUAUGAUAAAACACGGGUCAUUAGAGUAAUGAGAAUACACAAGCGGCCGUGUAAAAUAUCUGAACUGAGAGUCUUAGCCGCUUAAAUCAAAAUACUGAGUAAAAGUGAUGUUGUGAACAGUCAUGUGCUUGAUUUAAUAAUCUACAUUAAACAAGGAGUGAAUUUGGCUGGUGACAAAAAGAAGUAGAACUUCUAAAACAAGGCAUAAGAUACUCAACCCUACAAAAUUCAUUGUAUUAAUAAGUUAGAGAGUUCUGCCAUACAGAAAGACAGACAGACACGGACGUGGGCUUCAACCUAAAAUAAUAAUAUGACUGAUUUCAUUGUCAACAUGUUGGGAACCUAA